CUUAGCAACAUUGGCCAGAAAAGCGUUAAAAAAAGGUUAAAAGUUUUAUUUUAAUUAUAUACUGAAAAAAAUAGCCGGGAGUAGAACUUAAUAUUUGGUAUAAUGUUAUAAUUUUUGCUUAGUGAUAAAUAUGCUCAUAAGGUUAUUUUACGUCUAAUUCAAUUAAUCAGAUAUGAAAUUGUAUUGUCUAAGUAACGAUCCCAAUAAACCAUGUCACAUACUUACAUUUCGCGAAAUCACCGUUAUGUUGGACUGCGGCCUUUCAAUGCAGUCUGUACUGAAUUUUUUGCCACUAUCUUUUGUGCCCUCAAAUAAAUUAAAGGAUCUAAAUAAUUGGAUGCCAUCUGAUGUUUCUGAUCCUGAAUUGGAAGGGGAGCUGAAAGAAAAUGGGGAUAGAGUUUUUGUGGAUUCCCCACCAGAGUUUCAACCACCUUUGGAUAAGCUAAUAGAUUUUUCUCAGGUGGAUAUCAUUUUAAUAUCUAAUUAUUUAUGUAUGAUGGCUCUUCCUUUUAUAACAGAAGGAACAGGAUUUCAAGGAAGGGUGUAUGCUACUGAACCUACUUUGCAUAUUGGAAGGCUUCUAUUGGAAGAACUUGUAAUCUACAUAGAACAAUGUCCAAAGUCAAGUUUUGCAUCUCAAUGGAAAAAUUUUACACACAAGUGUCCACAUCCAUUAAAUGAAGCUUUCAAACCAAAAUCUUGGAAGCAAAUCUACAAUAUGAAUAGUGUUAAUACAAGUCUCUCUAGAAUUCAAAUGGUUGGUUACAAUGAAAAAAUCGAUGUUUACGGAGCUUUGCAAGUAAUACCUGCAAGUUCAGGCUUUUGCCUUGGUUCAGCGAAUUGGGUAAUUACAUCAGAUCAUGAGAAGAUUGUUUAUCUAAGCGGUUCUAGUACUUUGACCACUCAUCCAAGGCCUAUGGAUCAUCACGCAUUAAAAAAUGCAGAUGUUUUAAUAAUGACUGAUUUAACUCAAACUCCUAUCAGCAAUCCUGAUUCAAUGCUAGGCGUUCUAUGUGUAGUUGUUGGUUUAACUUUAAGGGGAGGAGGAAAUGUCCUUAUACCAUGUUAUCCAACAGGAGUUGUUUAUGACCUGUUUGAAUGCCUGUCAGGAAAAAUGCAAGAACUUGGUGUUUCAAACUCUCCAAUGUUUUUUGUUUCGCCUGUAGCUGAUACAUCUUUAGCCUAUUCAAAUAUCUUGGCGGAGUGGUUAUCAUCGGCGAAACAAAACAAAGUCUACGUUCCUGAUGAACCAUUUCCUCAUGCAAUGUUAGUGAAAAAUUCGAAACUAAAACAUUUCAGGCAUAUUUAUUCUGAUGGAUUCAGUACAGAUUUUCAAGAGCCUUGUGUAGUGUUUUGCGGUCAUCCAAGCUUGAGAUUUGGGGAUGUGGUGCAGUUUAUCGAAUUAUGGGGAAAUAAUCCAAGAAAUUGUAUUGUAUUUACAGAGCCUGACUAUGAUUAUAUAGAAGCGUUGGCCCCUUACCAACCAUUACAAAUGAAAAUAGCACAUUGUGCUAUUGAUACUUCAUUAAAUUUCACCCAAGCAAACAAAUUAAUUAGGGAUUUAAAACCUGCCACUUUAAUUAUACCUGAAUGCUAUACCAAACCACCGGCGUCCACUCCACAUGCCACAGAAUACGUAAUAGAAAAUAAUUCUGAACGAACUGUUAUACCUUAUAAGUGGGGUGAGGUAGUCAAUCUUCCAGUGAAACGCAAGCAAGGUCAAAUCUUUAUUGAAAACACCGUGGCACAAAAAAUUGUUCCUGUUGAAGUAAAACCUGGUGUUAGUUUAUCUACAAUUACGGGCACAUUAAACGUCAAAGAUAAUAUCCACAAUAUGCAGGAUAUAUCCCAAGAUUGUAAACUUGUAAAUAAGGAUGUAAAGUAUGAGUGGGGAUCAGUAAAUAUCAAUGAAUUUAAACAGAAGCUAUUUCAAGAAGGAUUUACAGAUGCCAAAGUUGAAUCUUUGGGUGGUAAUGUUGUAGUAAUUCAUUUGCAAGAUGAGGAUACUUUGAUCCAACUAGAAGAUAACAAUACUCACGUGGUAUGUAACGGUGACGAACAGCUAAGGACAAAGUUGAGAAAUAUUGUUAUGCAGUGUUUGAAAAAGUUUUAGACUAUUUUCAGUAUAUUUUCUUUUUACAUUACUGCGACAAAAUAAAUGUUGACCGAUCAACAAAUAGUUUAAAAUAUUAUACCUACCUAAAA